CAAUCUUUUGGAGAGUUAAGCAGACCUAUCUGGCUCCAGGUAGCUGAGUCAGCUUACAGGUUCACUUUGGGCUCAAUUGCUGGAGCUGUUGGUGCUACUGCGGUAUAUCCCAUAGACCUGGUGAAAACUCGUAUGCAGAAUCAACGCUCCUCUGGUUCAGUCGUAGGAGAGUUGAUGUACAAAAACAGCUUUGACUGCUUUAAAAAGGUUUUGCGUUUUGAAGGCUUUUUUGGUCUUUACAGAGGCUUGUUACCACAGCUGAUAGGUGUUGCUCCAGAAAAGGCUAUUAAGCUAACUGUUAAUGACUUUGUCAGAGACAAAUUUACUAAGAAAGAUGGUUCCAUUCCACUCCCUGCAGAGAUCCUUGCUGGAGGCUGUGCAGGAGCUUCCCAGGUCAUCUUCACUAAUCCCCUGGAGAUUGUAAAGAUUCGGUUGCAGGUAGCAGGAGAAAUUACUACAGGACCCAGAGUCAGUGCCCUCUCUGUUAUAAAAGAUUUAGGCCUUCUCGGUCUUUAUAAGGGUGCCAAAGCAUGUUUCCUCAGAGACAUUCCCUUUUCUGCAAUCUACUUUCCUGUUUAUGCUCAUAGUAAACUGAUGCUUGCUGAUGAAAAUGGCCAUGUGGGAGGGCUUAAUCUCCUUAUAGCUGGAGCCAUUGCAGGUGUGCCUGCUGCUUCUUUGGUAACCCCUGCUGAUGUCAUCAAGACAAGACUGCAAGUGGCAGCUCGCGCUGGUCAGACAACAUACAGUGGAGUUAUUGACUGCUUUGGAAAGAUUCUAAGGGAAGAAGGCCCUUCGGCUUUUUGGAAGGGAGCUGGAGCUCGUGUGUUCAGAUCUUCACCCCAGUUUGGCGUUACUUUGGUCACUUAUGAACUUCUGCAGAGAUGGUUUUAUGUUGAUUUUGGAGGCCUCAAACCUUCUGGAUCAGAACCUACCCCAAAAACUCGAAUUUCAGAUCUUCCUCCUGUUAACCCUGAGCACAUAGGUGGAUACAGACUCGCUACAGCUACAUUUGCUGGUAUAGAAAAUAAAUUUGGUUUGUAUCUUCCAAAGUUUCGGUCUCCUGGCUUCACCUCAGCUCAACUGAAAAGUACCAGCUGAGUCGUGAAAAGAUGUUUCAAAGUGAUGCAGUGGAAGAAGCUCACAAGAGUAGUACUGUAUUUCUUUCCAGUCAGCUGCAUGUUGUUCUAGCUGAACUGAGCUUGCAAAUCUAAUUACUCCUUUCUAAUAUUAAUAUAUACCUGCAUUUAUUUGUUUAUUUGCACACAAGGAACUGAUUGAAGCUGUGGCUCUAUGCCUUGUUUGAACUGGUGGCAUGAAUCUGUAACCUAGACUUUGCCUUGCACAGCUUGCAUUUAAUGUUACUGUACAUAUUGUACAUCUUUGUACAGAGACAUCAUGGCAUCUAUACACGUACAUUUAUAUAAUGGGUAUUGCAGUUUCAAAUAGUUUGAAAUGUACAGAAUGUUUUGAAGGUGUUUUGUUAACAAUCGCGACAAUAAAAUAUUUAAAACCACUUAA